AGGAGGCGGAGGGAGUGGACGCUGUUUUGCCGUGCGGACCGGAUCCCUCGCCCACAGCGGCCGCGUCCACACAGACGCCAGGCACAGGACUGCAGCUCCACGGGCCGGACGAGUGGCGGUCCGAGCGCGGAAACGACCCCGGCUCGCGGCGCACGCCACCCCGCAGGUUUUGCGAGGCUGAAGUUGGCGAAUUCGGCGCAUUUGGGGCAUUCGGCUGCGGGGAAGAGGAAGAGGAAGAGGAAGAGGAAAUGGAGGCGGAGGGAAACAGCAUCCCCCUGGGCGACCGCUCGCAGUCUCAGUCCAACGACCGGCUGACGGAGAGCACGGUGUUCAGCCUGUCCCAGAGCGAGUCGCUCUGGACCACCGAGUCCUCCCGCAGCGCCUGGGAGAUCUACCAGUACCCCAUCCUCCUCCUGGCCACCGGGGGCGCCGUCUUCAUCUGCGGCUUUGUCCUCAGCGGCCUCUACUUCGCCAGGAUAUCCCGGAUGGCGACGAACAUCCUGGGCCCGGCGCUCCUGUCCAUCGGGCUGAUGGUGCUGGUGGUGGGGCUGGUGCUCGUUCCCAUUACCAGAGAGAACCUGAAACCGCCGGUCAAGCGCCAGGCCAGCUACUACAGGCCGCCGCAGUUUAACCUGUGACGCGCGUGCAGUCCUCCAUCCACAGAGGGCGCUGUUUGAUGCUCGCGGCCCUGUUUCUCUAUGCCAAAUUAAAGGACCCAGCUCAUCGCAGGCCAGAAGGUCAGAAGAACGCGACGGCGUGUUCAGGACGGGAACCUGCGGCGUAUUCGCCUUGGCCUGGUUGUUGUUGUUUUUUUUUUUUUGUCUUGCAGUUGUCAGAUCGUAUCACAGAGUGCGGUCGGUGUAAACUGAAGACCUCCAUCGCUCUGUGUGCAGACGGCGGUGCUGAAUCAGCCUGAGGUCUGCCAGCUGUGAUGAUCCCGACUGAAAGCAUUCAAAGCUCACAGCAAACACGUUAGUCUCUCUAAGAAGCCGUGUGGAUUUGGCACGACAGCCCAAAGGGCCUGAUGGGACGGGAAAUGCAGCCGGAUCAUCUUGUGCGGAACCCGCUCCUUUCUUGACGAGGGCUUCACCAAAUAUUACUCAGUUGCAAAAAAAAAAAAAUGCCGUUUUAAACGUACUCCGAAAAUGUACCUCCGUAACGCAGCAUGAAACAUCUUUGUCUUGGUUCCAGCAACAGUGUCGUCGGUGUAUUAGAGCAUAUUUGACCUGGGAAUGUUAAGAAAUUGAUCAAUGUGCAAAGCAUGCAUGCUGUUGCAUAAGAGAGAGUAAAUGUAAAAUAAAAAAAAUAAAAAAAACAUGGAUACAAUUUUUAAAAAAUACAAAUUUAAAUUUUUGCUAUGAAAUAUAUAAAAAUGAUUUAUUUAAGAAAAAAAGGAAAAGGUGAGGUGUGACAUAUUUCAGAAGAGAAUUUUUUUCUUUGUGAUGUUUACCAGUUUAUUAUCUCUUAUUGGCCGCGUAAUAAAUAUAUUGAAGAACACCGAUUACAGUGAGUGUACAACACCACAUGUAAGACAUAAGAUGCUUUUUAAAGGAAAGACGGGAAGGAGGAUUUGCUCAUUAGAAUCGACAGCCAUUAUGUGCUGAACCACACAAUCAAAAUACAGUUUCAGUCCGUCUUCCAACCAUUUUAGUGACUCAGUGGGCAAUUAUCUGAGCUUUGCACUUCCAGUAAUGGGUUAUCAUCAACACCAAGUCUCUAGAUUUAUUGUGACCAGUAAUGCAAUGGACAGUGGAACAAGAUUUACAAUUAACAGGAACACCAAAGGAAAAGAAAAUAUCCCUUUUAGAAUUUCAACGUUCAGUCAAAUAAUACAUUUAAUUCCCUAAUUCUAAGUCUGUGUCUGUAUUUUUGGAAAAAAAAAUGUUUCCCCAUAAAUGCCUUAUGUGAUUAA